GCAUUUUUUGUGUUAUUACGUCAUUAAAACUCAAGAAUCGUCCUGUUCGAGUCACGAAAGCUGAGUGUCAAAAAUUGUUGAAUAGUCUACCUAGCCGAUAUAUCUUUGUCAUUAUUCUACAAGUAGUGGCUACUCAUAAUAUCCAGUCAAUAUUAAAGCCUACCUAUUAAUAGGUUGAGGGGAAUUUAAAAAACACGUUCAAAGGCAGUACCACAUCACAGGUGAAUGAGGAGUGAGCAAAUAUUUAUCAAGCAGUAGGAGGCGAAGAUUACUGUAAUUACCAUGGAUUUCUUAUAUUAUUGUUUCUACUGUAGUGAGUGUAUUAAGCACGAUCAGAAUGUUGAUGAACUGAAUAACUUUGCCAGUUCUUCGCAAUCAAAAGACGGGGAUGAAAAAGAUGGAUCAUCAAGGAUACAAAAAAAUGGCAACAGGUUGAGAUGGCGAGUCAAAGAAGAGGUUCACCUGAGGCCUGAUGAUGAUGAUGAAAGCCGCCUUCACUACAAAACAUCAAUGACAAUACCCGCAAACCCAGAGACUGACGAAACUGUGUAUUCAUCUGAGGUAUUUUACAUUCCAAAGUCAAGCGAUACAUCCGAAUUCUCGACAUCAUUAUAUAUUUAUCCCAGGGAGGUAUUGGAGGAACCUGAAGAAGCAUUUAUUAACAUUAUUUCUGAUGAGGACUUGGUUGACUCUGUGGUAAAAUCACCAAUUUUUAGCGAGAGGUUGGAUGAGGAUUGGACAUGGUCGAGGAAGAUGUAUGCAACACUGACACAGCAUUGUUAUUUUAUGUUUUAUUAUCAUCUAAUUUAAUAUGUAAAGAGCACGCAUUUGCACCUGUGUGGGCUAUCGACGAAUAAGUCUCAACAACGCAACAGUGGUAUAUUGACAGACAUUAUAGAUAUUGAUAUUGUUAUUAAACUUACGUCAUUUUAAGAUUUUUCUGUGCCUUACUUCUUUCAUAAAAUUCCGUAAAUUUCAUUUGUAUUUUUUACGAGUUUUAACACUUGAUUCCAAAUAAAAAUAUUAGCCGGCUGCUACUUGCCUUUUUGUAA